AUGUCCGCCACAGAAAACCCACCCAAACACUCGGCGCGCUUCUGGGCCAUCAUCACCGCCUUGGCUUUCACUGCGCUGUGCUCCUCCCUCGAGGGCACCAUCAUCACCAGCGCGCUGCCGACCAUUACCCAGGACCUUGGCGGUGGCAAUGCCUUCAUCUGGGUCCCCAACGCAUAUUUCCUGGCAACCGUUGUCAUGCUGCCGCUCAUGGCCCAGGCCAGCAACGUGUUUGGUCGCCGGUGGCUGACGUUGGUGUCUGUCGCCCUGUUCACCCUCGGCAGUGGCAUCUGCGGCGGUGCCUACUCGCAGGCCAUGCUCAUUGGUGGCCGUGUCGUCCAAGGUCUCGGCGGCGGUGGCAUUGCCCUCAUGAUCAACAUCAUCAUCACAGACAUGGUGCCGCUGCGUGAGCGGGGAAAGUACAUGGGCAUCGUGCAAAUGGUGUCUGGCGUGGGUGCCGUGUUGGGCCCCUUCCUCGGUGGACUCCUGAUAGAACGCAGCACGUGGCGUUGGGCCUUCUACAUCAACUUGCCUAUCGGAGGAAGCUCUCUUGUUGCUCUCUUCAUCUUCCUGCACCUGGUCAAGCCACCGCCUGCUAGCUGGAAGGACAAGAUGGCACGCAUCGACUUUAGUGGUAAUGCCAUCUUUGUCGCUUCGACCGUCUCGGUCCUCAUCGGAAUCACCUGGGGAGGCCAGGUGUACGAUUGGAACUCAUACCGUGUCAUUGUCCCGCUCGUGCUCGGCUUUGUUGGCCUUGGGCUGUUCGUCGCCUUCGAGUGGACUAUUGCAAAGAACCCAUCGCUUCCUCGGGCUGUCCUUAUCGAUCGUACUGUCGUCGCCGUACUCGGCGUGACAUUCCUUCAUACAAUCUGCACUUAUUGGGCGUUCUACUUUGUGCCUAUAUACUUCCAGUCGGUCCUGGGCAUCUCGGCCUUCUAUUCGGGGGUGGAUACACUGCCUCUGUUCGCCGGUCUGUUCCCGUUCGCGAUCCUUGGCGGGAACAUUCUCGCCAAAUGGGGCCGCUACAAGCCGCUUCACCUGAUGGGAAUGGCUAUCGUGACCGUCGCCUUCGGCCUCUUGAGUAUCCUCGACCAAGAUUCCCCAAAGGCAGCCUGGGCAUGCAUCCAACUCCUACUCGCCAUCGGCGCCGGUCUGAUGAUUGCCAUUCUUCUCCCAGCCAUGCAGGCACCCCUCGAGGAAAGCCUAGUCGCGCUCUCCACUGGCACGUGGACCUUUACCCGAGGUUUCGGUACCAUCUGGGGUGUCACCAUCCCUGCCGCCAUAUUCAACAACGAGUGCCGUGUCAGGGCCGACGGGUUGGCCGAUCAGAACCUGGCGAAAUUCCUGAACAGCGGCAAGGCAUACCAGCAUGCCACGCAGACGUUCCUGGACAGCAUCGUGGACCCUUCUUCCCGUCAAGAGGUCGUGAAUCUCUUCCGUUUUUCCAUGCGCACCGUCUGGUAUGUGGGGAUCGCCUUCGCCGGACUGGGCUGGCUGUUGGUGUGGCUCGAGAGAGAGGUGACGCUGCGGUCUAAGCUCAACACCAAGUUCGGACUCGAGGAGAAGAACAAGAAGCUGCGAGACGAGGAGAAUGACAGCCAGACUGUCAAGAAGGGCAGUGUAUAA